GGGGAUAACCGGAAACGGGCCUGAAUCUUCCGCUGUGGCAGGAGAGAAACAGGAGCUGCGCUGUGGACAAAAUGACUGACUUCAUGAUGCAAGUCCAUUCCUGCUUCGGAUGUCCACCUCCCAGCACGGUUUAAAUUCAUUUCCUCAAACACAUCAGGAGAUGCCAACAAGAUCAAUACAUCUGGAAGCCAGAGACAAUACAUGUGACACAGUGGCUUCCGAAACAAACUCCAGUGCUCACCAACCUUCCUCUGGUACUGUCCAUUCUGAAACACAGAAUAAUACAGGCAAGAGGACAACUCACCCCUGCCCAGAGUGUGGAAGGAGUUUUAAUAAAAAGAGUAAUCUCAAAGCACACCAGCUCAUUCACACUGGAGAGAAACCGUACCAGUGCUCGGACUGUGGGAGGAGUUUUAAUCAGAAGAGUAAUCUCAAAUCACACCGGCUCAUUCACGCAGCAGAUAAUCCAUAUCACUGCUCGGUUUGCAGUAAGAGUUUCACCCUGCAGAGUUUCCUACUGCGACACCAGCGCAUUCACACCGCAGAGAAGCCGUAUCACUGUGCAGAGUGUGGGAAGAGUUUCAGUCGACAGAAUAAUCUCCAACUACACCAGCGCAUUCACACUGGGGAGAAGCCGUGCUACUGUUCAUUCUGUGGAAACAGUUUUAGGAACAGAAGUACUCUCAAAAAACACAAACGCAUUCACACAGGAGAGAAACCGUAUCAGUGCUCAGAGUGCGGGAAGAGCUUCACUCAGCGGAUUACUCUCCAACAGCACCAGCGCAUGCACACCGGAGAGAAGCCGUAUCACUGCUCUGAGUGCGGGAAGAGUUUUAGUCAACAGAGUCAUCUCCACAUACACCAGCGCAUUCACUCGGGAGAGAUGCCGUAUUACUGCUCAGACUACUGCGGGAGGACUUUUAAUCAAAACAGCAACGUCAAAGCACACCAGCGCAUUCACACUGGAGAGAAACCGUAUCAGUGCUCGGACUGUGGGAAGAGUUUCAAUCAAAAGAGUAAUCUCAAAGCACACUGGCGCGUUCACACUGGAGAGAAACCGUAUCACUGCUCAGAGUGUGGGAGGAGUUUUAAUCAGAAGAGUAAUCUUCAACGACACCAGUGUAUUCACACUGCAGAGAAACCGUAUUACUGCUCGGACUGUGGGAAGAGUUUUAAAAAGAAAGGUACUCUCAAAAUACACCAGCGCAUUCACACGGCAGAGAAACCGUAUCACUGCUCACAGUGUGGAAAGAGUUUUACCCAGCAUUGUAGUCUACAACGACACCAGCGCAUUCACACUGCAGAGAAACCGCACUGCUGUUCAGAAUGUGGGAAGUGUUUUACCCUGCAGAGCUGUCUACAACGACACCAGCGCAUUCACACAGGAGAGAAACCGUAUCACUGCGCAGAGUGUGGGAAGAGAUUUAGUCAACAGGCUCAUCUCCAACGACACCAGCGCAUUCACACUGGAGAGAAACCAUGUUACUGUUCAUACUGUGGAAACAGUUUUAGAGACAGAAGUACUUUAAAAAAACACAAGCACGUUCACACUGGAGAGAAACCGUAUCAGUGCUCUAAGUGUGGGAGGAGUUUUACUCAACAGAGUAUUCUCCAGCAACAUGAGCGUAUUCACACAGGAGAGAAGCCAUAUCACUGUGUAGAGUGUGGGAAGAGUUUUAGCCAACGGGGUCACCUCCAAUUACACCAGCGCAUUCACUCGGGAGAGAUGCCGUAUUACUGCUCAAACUGCGGGAAGAACUUCAGACAUCCAAACACUUUAAAGAGACAUAAAUGCAUUAAGAGGGAGGCAGAAACAUACGACAUAUGUUUGCCGGAAGGCAGCUGUUAAUGUGGUCAGCUUGUUAAUUUGAAAUGCGAAUUGCUUAUGGUUCUGAACAUCAGACCAAACAGCCUCAGAAAAAAGGUAUCAGACCAAAUGCAAGCCUGGUUGAGUAUAUACUGGUUCGUAUAACUUAGAAAACUAUUGUGUAUCUCGAUAUACAGGCGAGUACAACAUUUGCACAGUUUUUUCUGAGACCGUUUGGUCUGAUGUUCAGUUACACAAGAUCUGAGACCUGAGACUCAAAGUCGUUUAGUCCAAAGAAUGAUGCCGUUCUGACGCUGAGGUCUGAGGAUGUUUUAAAAUGUACCCUGUAGCCCCGCCUAGUGCUAAUUAACAUAUAUUUGCAUGUUGGUCAACUUGAAAACGAAAAAGCAAAGUGGGAAGUGAAAAGUAAAUCUCCAGCAGAUGGUGCCAAUGUUCGUUUGCAUUUGCCUUUUCAUUCUGACACUUAAAGCGCAUCCACGCCGAAAACUGAAUCACAAACUGUCACUUUGUUGAUUUAUCCAUAAAUGCCCAGAAUUACUUAACACAUCACUUUCAGAUGGCCUUAGACUUUUGCAAUAUUGAGGGCAGUUCCCUCCUUUCCUGUGUAUGAAGUAUUCCUUAAGUGUACAGUUACAUGUAACUGAACAUCAAGUGAAACGGGAAAAUUCACUGUACAGACAUCUUCAAACAAAUUAUACAGCAGAAUUUAUAAAGUUGUCUAAAACUUAAAGGCAGGAUGUUGAUAUACAAAGUGAAAGCUUAAGAAAAGAAUAUUAAUAGGAAAGCAAACAUGACAAACAUUAACACAUUUAAUAACUAACUAUAGCUAGAAAAGUACAGUGUAAAAAAAUGUUUAUUUCACUCAUUAAAGUGUAAUAUAUUUAUGUAAGUUCACAAUUUCUCUGCUAAGAUCACGUCUCAUCUAAGAUCAGGUCUCAUCGGGUCAUGGAUGUUUGUUCAGUAUUAUGUAAACAGUAUAAACUAAUCCUAGAUCAGCAUUAUUACUCUAAUAGGUUUGAUAAAUAUGGGCCACUAUUUCCAAUUGAUCCUCAAUUCUACUGAUGCAUGAACUAAUGUUUCUACAGAAUGUUUUUUUUAAUUAAUUGUUAAUUUAAAAAGAUACAGACCCCCUUUAUUUUUGUACAGAAAUUCUUUUUGCACAACUUCCUUAUUCUUGUGACUUGUGUAUAUACAGUUUCAUUGUUUUAUACAGACUUCUGUUUGAAGGGGCUUGCUUCAUUGCUUUUGUAUAAAAUUCAGCGUUGAAUCGAAUUAUCCUCGGUAAACAAUGGGACUCCAAACUCUUGAGGGAUGAGGACUCAUUUGUCUAGUUCUCCUGGGAAAACAGUCUGAUCACUUACAUAACUGCAGUCCCUAAAACAGUCUCUUCUGAUAUGGAGUAUGUUUGAGACUGUAUUUUGUGUAAGGGUGGUAAACUUUUUAAUCUCUUUUCUUUACAAGAGUGUGUAUUGUACUAAAAAUAUCUUGCUGUUCAGAAUUGUAAUAAGAACAUAGAUUCAGUCACUGAAUAAAACUCAACUUGUUA